AUGGUCUACGCUCCCUCCGGGGGCUGGCAGGCUCGAAGUGAUGUGGACGCCUCGGACGCAAGGCAUGGCCUGCACAGCCACAACGGCUUCGACGACAGGGGCCAGGGUGGCAACAGCUACGAAGCUGAGGACAGCUGGCGCGAUUGGGCGGACGUCGAUGCGGUCGUUGAGUGUGGCGGUUGGGGCAUCCAUGACCCUGAUGUGGUGGAAAUCGUCAAGAAGGAGACUCUCAAUGUCUUGGGAAUUCCUCGCAUCUGCAGCGGCGACCAAGUCCACAUCCACUGCUUAAACUUGCAAGAGAACAACUUUGGCGACGAGGGCGUGGAGGCGCUCGUGGGAUAUCUGACGCGGAAUCGUAUUCGCGUGGACAUCCUGCGCCUCUUCAAAAACCCCAACGUCGGCAACAAGUCAGCCAGCAAGCUGCGUGAGCUGUACAGUCAGGAUGCGAGGGCUCCACCCAAGGAGCUUCACGUAAGCAACUGCUCUGUUGGGUCGACCGGGGCGGCAGAUCUCUUGCUGGCCAUCGCCCGGCGGUGGAGGACAGCAGAGCGCUUCCAGGGCAAAGCAGCAAAGGCUGCUUACGUACGUCUUGACAACAACCGUUUCGACCUGGAAAGUGUGGUUGGCAAGCUCCAAGAGGCGAACUUCUACAUCCGACAGGGCUACGAUCCCAGAUGCCGUCAUUCGGACAUCUGCGAGGUGCAUGAGGUGGGUGGUGGGCCGUCGCUCAUCAUGAUCCCCCAAAUGAGCCUGAGAUCCUUGCCGAGCCGGGGGGGGCAAUGGAGGCAGACUCCUGCUGCUGCAGAGGAGCCUCCACGAGAGGCUCCGAGGGAGCAGCCGGCGCCAACUUUCAAGGGUCCGCCCGAGAUCGUGGAGGAGAACCCUGCGGAUCCUCCCAAAGACUGCGAGGGCGCGCCCAUUCGAAAAGGCUGCAAAGUGCAGUACCAUGAUGAUUCCAACUGGGUUGGACUUGUCGUCGGUUUUGACUUCAAGGGCACGGCCGUCAUCGACUGGCAAAGUGGUGCCAAGAAGGGUGAGCGGACCGGUGCUGGCGGAAGGUAUGUGCGUGUGGUGGCAGAUCGGCCGGAAGAGGUUCCCGUGCAGAAGGACCGAGUCAUGUCACACGAUUAG